CCUCUGGGAAAAAGAAACCAGGACUUCAGCUGAAGCUGCUCCUAGAAGGCUAUUUAUUUCUAGUUGCUGCUCAUUGGGAUGAAGUUCCUGGCAAAAUAGAGGAUUGAUCAUGAAAGGAACACUUGGAGUGUCAGGAGAUCAGGGGACACUGCGUUGGCUCUCUUCUCAUCAUCACUGACACUGUCGCUGAUUUGCUGUAUGGCUUUAAGCAAAUCGCUUCACCUCUCUGGUUUUCUCAGUCUAUAAAAGAAAGGUGUUGGGCCAACUGAUUCUGAGGUCCUGUCCAGCUAUAGUAUGUGAAGAAUGUUACUGGAAUAUAUCUUUUAAAAUCACCAAAGAAAUGGAUGACUUUCUGCAAAAACUGAGGCAGAAGAUAAAAAUUGGAGUAGUUGGAGGCUCAGACUUUGAGAAAGUACAGGAGCAGCUGGGAGACAAUGUGCUUGAAAAAUAUGAUUACGUCUUUCCAGAAAAUGGUUUGGUAGCAUACAAAGAUGGCAAAUUUCUGUGUAAGCAGAAUAUUCAGGGUCAUCUGGGUGAAGACCUAAUCCAAGAUUUAAUCAACUAUUGUCUGAGUUACAUUGCCAAGAUUAAGCUGCCAAAAAAGAGGGGCACUUUCAUUGAAUUCCGAAAUGGGAUGUUAAAUGUGUCUCCUAUUGGAAGAAGCUGUAGCCAGGAAGAACGACUUGAAUUUUAUGAACUAGAUAAAAAAGAAAAUAUAAGACAGAAAUUUGUGAGUGAUCUGCAGAAAACAUUUGAAGGAAAGGGGCUUACAUUUUCUAUAGGAGGUCAAAUAAGCUUUGAUAUAUUUCCUAAUGGAUGGGAUAAAAGGUACUGUCUGACAUUUGUUGAAAAUGAUGGUUAUAAGACAAUCUAUUUCUUUGGAGACAAAACCAUGCCAGGUGGAAAUGACUAUGAAAUCUACACAGAUUCCCGAACAGUAGGCUAUUCAGUGACCAGCCCAGCGGACACACAAAAAAUCUGUGAGGAGCUUUUCUUAUAGUCUUUUACUUCCUGACCUUAAGGCUGAAAGAAACAAAGUCAUCUCAAAACUAGAGAAGAUAACAAGCCUCAAAAAACUAAUGCAUCACCAUUUCAAACUCAAGAAAUCCUCCUCUGCCCACCUCCAAUUUGGACAUUCACUUGGGCUUUGUAGCAUGUGUUGAAUUCCUGUGAGCAGUAGACAGAAAAGAAAGAGAAGCAUAUCUCUGCUCCUAAAUUAAGGUUAGAUCCCAUCUUUUGUCUUUUUAUCUGGAAAAACUGAGGAAACAGAAUAGUUCUGAUAUGUGGGUCCUAAAGCAACAGUUGACUCAAAGGAACAUCUAAGACAGUCUUUUCCCAUUUUCCAGAGCAAAACUAAGAUGCACAAUCACGGUGUACAUUUGUCUCUUUGGAGAACUUUUUACAAUGGAAAAGGAAAGGUGACAAGGUACAAAUUGACCCAGUAGGGCUCCUGUGACAGAACGGUUUUACCCCUUCCCAAAUUUAAAGUUGUGCACAUAAUUGGGCCUCCACAACAGCAGCACAGGACAGGAGACUGUUUGCUAAUGUUUCUUACAUGAAAAAUUGUGCAAUUCAAAACUUCAACCCACUACUCGCUAAACGGAAGCUGCUCCUACUGACUUUGGGAGUUUAAUUAAGGCUCCUUGUUUUGCCAAAACUCCAUGAGUCAGGUUGAAUGACUGGGACCUCUUCUUAUCCCCCAUUCCUUUCUGUGAAGCUGAUUUCAUAUGACCAGUCAGAUAAAUGGCCAGAUGACAGCCAGUAGAAAACCUGCCCCUCACCCCGGCACUGCUGGAAACUCUGGAAUUGACUUCUAUUUGAACAGCACAGAUAGUUGGCCUGCUGUAUAACAAUAACAUCUGUCACUCACUGCCUUUGAUGGGAGAGAAUGGAAAACAUCUAGCUAGCAAGUGUUUGCUGAGGCCAGAAUAACCUUCUUCUAGGAGCCUGCCAUCAUGAGAACCUCAGUUUACACAAUCCAAGCUGGUCUCUUGAACAUCCUAAAACAAAACGGUUCUAGAAUUCUCCCCAGCCUUCAAGAACCAGGUUAUUCUUGGUUAGGCUGGCUAAGAAAUGCUUCUACCUCCUAGCUACUUUAAAAUGUAACAAAAAAAAAAGCCUAACUGACGAG